UCAAGAAAGUCAUGCGGUUCAAACUCCAGCUCACAGACACUACGGCUGAGUCUGCUACGUUUGCAGUAAAUGGAGCAGCCUAAGUGGGUGUCUGAAGUUUCCAUUAAUAGCUUCUGCUUUGAAUGCACAAUCAGCAACUGUGCUGAUCCAAAACCAGGACCGCCAUAUUUGGUUCUCAAGGUCUUACAGAAACUCAAGGAUUUGGAUAUCACCGUAGACAUUCUUGCUGAAACUGGGAUAGGCAAAACGGUAAACUCUCUGCGCAGACACAAACUAGCUGGAGAAUUUGCCAAAACGUUAGUUAGGGGUUGGAAAAAACUUCUUUCUAAGGAGGGCACAAGCCUCACAGAAGAUGGAGCUCUGUCAGAGACUAUGUCUGUUAAAGACAAACAGGACAGCACAGACUGUCCAAAUGCUGCUGGUUUCACAACAGAGGAUUUAAACAAUAACUGGUCAACAUGUCACAGUGAGAGUCAGGAUUUCUCAGAUGAGACCCACUCCAAAACUGGAACUAUGAAAGAUGAUACAGAGAGACGGGGAUGUAAAGAGAAAGAUGGAAAAAGUAAGGGAAAUCGAGAUAAAAUUCAACAAGAGACCCAGAAUAACUUUCAGAAUGAUGUCAUACAAAAGAAAACCGCUAAGGACGAAAUGGAUGGUUCACACGCUCCAAAAAAGACAAAUUGUUGGAGUGAAAAAAAAUUGGGAGAUGACAACAUUUUAUGUAAAAACAAAAAGUUAGAGGACCUGCAUCAGAGAUCCAGGUCUGAUUCUGGGGAAAACUUGAAAAUCAACUUUGGAUCAGAAAAAGAGUCAAGUAAGAAAUCAAGGCCAUUGAAAGACUCAUCAAAAGAAGACAAAGAAUCUUUUUUAUUUACAUGCAACGACAAAUAUUCAAAAACAUUAAAACUGGACAAUUUUGGAGACGAGAAAUCCUCAGGAAUAUCGAGGAGCUCAGAGGUCCAGAAGAAAAAAAGGAAGAAAAUGAGUAAAGAGAGGCACGGUGCUCUCAAACAGUCUGAAAAUGAGGAGCUUUCACAGCACAAAAACAAAAUGGCCAAAAUGAAACGCAGAGACAAGGAGAGGGACGGUGACAGAGAGGAACCCUCCAAGUCUUUUGAGUCGUGUUUGAACUAUGAUGUUAAUGCCCGCAAGAGAAAAAAACAGUGUGGAGCAAAGAAAACUUCCAAAAAAUUCAAGACUGUUGUGAAAGAGGGAACAAGAAAAGAUCCUGACAUGGAACCUUCCAAGUUGCCUGUGUUGUCUAUAAAUGCCAGCCCUCCAAACCAGAAAUCUGUAAUGGACCUGAUGAGCAUUUCUUUACCCGCCAUUCUGCCUGAAUGUGAAAAGCAAUCCACUGCAUUGUACUUUGAUAGGAAAGUUGAGAAAGACAUGGACUUCUAUGACGUCUCCGAUGAGUCUGCCGUCUUCACUGGUCAGAGACUUAACAAGAAGAUGCAAGUUUACUCUGGGGCCAAAAUGGUCUUCCUCCCAACCAUGUUGAGCUUGUACCAGCAGUGUAUCCGCACACUCCAGAACAACAUUAACUUGCUGUAUGAAACAGGUGGAGUCCCAUUUGAAAUCCUGGAGCCAGUGUUGGAGAGGUGUAUGCCGGAGCAGCUGCUACGCAUUGAAGAAUGCAACCCAAUCUACAUCGGAGUGACGGACCACUUGUGGGGUAAACACUGUCAGCGAGAAUUCAAAGACUCCCAACUUCAGGAGUAUGAAUCGUGGAAAGAGAUGUAUAUCAGACUCUCGGAGGAAAGGGAACGGAAACUCCAGAGAUUGACAAAAAGUAUCAUUUCAGCACAUUCUAAUAAACCCAAAGGUCGGCAGGUGAAGAUGGCAUUUAUUCACACUGUUGCCAAGCCACCAAGAGAUGUGCGAAUUCAGCAGGAAAUCCAUGGGACUGCUGUUCAGCAGCCUAAUCAGCUCAGAUACAGCGUGAAACCGAAAGACAUUGCAUUGCGUCCAAGCUGCAAUGAGCCCGGCAGGUCCAGCAGGUUCAGCAGCUCCAGUUCAGGCGGAGGAAAUUCACAAGAGUCUCGCAAAAAAACAAGAGUGGCUCCAAUGAUGGCGAAGUCCUUAAAGGCAUUUAAGAAACAGUUGGGACGCAGAUAAUUGUGCAAUGUUGCUGUUUGAGAAUGUGGGAAAAGUGCACAGUCAUCUCUAUAAUAAGUCUGUGUUCUCCAUCAAUUGUUCUGUGUUGUUGUCUUCGUCGUAGGCUUAUGUCAUGUUUUGUUCCCCUCAAUAACAAUGAAUUGUCUUCACUAUUACUUCACAAUUAAAUCAGCAACUUCACAUGA